UUCAGACUAGAUUGGUACUCCCAUGAUGAUUACCGAAGGGUGAAAGAAUCGUCCAGACAGCUUUGACUUUUGGGGUGAAGGCUGCUGCACGUGAUGGCGCACUAGCGCGGUGGAUCCCUGCCAACAAUUCGCGAACCGUGUUGUGACAGUCGCGACUCGAGGAAGCUACGACAUCGAAUGCAUUUACGACGAUAACGCCCACCUUCACUACGGCCAUCCUCUUCGUCCGCUCCGCCGCCGCUCUUUUAUCGCAAACCUCCGCAUCGGUCUUUCCUCACAAACAUCCACAAUGGGCUCACGACUCCACAAUGCGCCCAUUGUUAUUGACAAUGGCAGUGGCACAAUAAGAGCUGGAUUUGCAGGCGAAGAUGUGCCAAAAUGCUUCUUUCCUUCAUAUGUUGGGCGGCCGAAGCAUGUACGGACAAUGGCAGGAGCAUUGGAGGGUGAUGUGUUCAUUGGGCCACAAGCACAGUCACAUAAGGGGCUGUUCAAGAUCAACUAUCCACUGGAGCACGGCAUUGUUACAGACUGGGACGACAUGGAGCGGAUAUGGCAGUAUGUCUACAACGAGGGGUUGAAGACGGUCAGCGAAGAUCAUCCAGUACUUCUUACAGAACCACCGCUGAAUCCUCGGGAAAACCGCGAUGUUGCCGCCCAGAUCCUCUUCGAGACGUUCAAUGUCCCCGCGUUAUACAGCUCUGUCCAGGCUGUCCUCUCACUUUACGCUUCAGGAAAAACAACGGGAUUAGUUCUGGAUUCUGGUGACGGUGUGUCGCAUGCAGUACCAGUUUUCCAAGGAUUCGCCAUACCCAACAGUAUCAGGAGGAUAGACGUAGCUGGAAGGGAUGUAACGGAGCAGCUACAACUGCAGCUACGGAAGGGAGGGCAUAUUUUCCACACAAGCGCAGAGAAAGAGACAGUCAAGGCCAUCAAGGAGGCAACAGGUUAUGUGGCGCUCGACAUUGCUAAGGAAGAGAAAGAGUGGUCCGGCAGCAGGUCAGAAGGAAAGAGCAUCGACUACACGCUGCCUGACGGACAGAAGCUGAAGAUUGGCGCAGAACGCUUUCGCGCACCCGAGAUCCUCUUCAACCCCGAGCUCAUUGGCCUCGAGUACCCUGGUGUGCACCAGAUCGUUGUCGAGGCGAUCCAGAGGACAGACAUGGACUUGCGGAAGUCGCUAUAUGGCAACAUUGUGCUCUCAGGUGGUUCCACAUUGACAAAGGGAUUCGGCAACAGGUUACUCCACGAAGUGCAAAGACUGGCGGUGAAGGACAUGCGGAUCAAGAUUCUCGCGCCGCCAGAGCGUAUUUACACCACGUGGACUGGCGGCAGCAUCCUCGCCGGUCUGAGUACCUUCAAGAAGAUGUGGGUUGAGAAGGACGAGUGGCAGGAGAACCCAGACAUCAUCCACUCCAAAUUCGCUUAGACGAUGCGUUAUGACCUCGGUCGCAGACAAAUCGUCGUUUUGCGCGUCUGCGCUUCCCACAGCGUCUACCCGCCUCCGCAAAAGGCUCAACCACGGUUCGAGAAAGCUGCAUGACGCUUGUGCUCCGGAGUGUUAGUCAUGGAAAUCGCGGCUGCACAACCGACGUCCAAGGAACAUCACAGGACCCUGCACGCCUGGCAUCGCCCGGAUCAACGUGUCAGCCGGUUCGUGGCGGGAGUGCUACCGUAGUGUGUUUCCCCGCGUUACUCAGCGAGUUUCCAAUUUGGGCGUGUUUCUGUUACUUAACCCUGACAUGGGCAUCGCAUGGGUUUGAGGGGUUUGCGAAGAAGUGAUGCAUCAUACAUGGCGUUUGUGUGAGCGCAAAAGGAUACCCAUAUGAUUUUGAAAUGAAGUCAAUACAAGAAUAUAGCAUGGCC